UUGCCUGCUUCUCCUGUAACAUUCCCGCCCGAUCUCCUAGACUGGAUCUUGGGAGCCAUAUUAAUUUGUUUGGCUUUUUUAUGUUAUACUCAAGGAAAACACCUGCACAGAAAAGAGGCAAAAAAGGUGCAUAGUGCUUUCUUACCUUUUCCCCCCCUUGAGGCGUGAAGGUUUUUUUUAAAAAGUAAUAGACUUACAGUUCUGUUGUUCAACUCUGCAGGCUCUAAGCUGUAAAUCUGAAUGCAUACGUCCUGCAAAAAACCAUACACCAUUCAAUAACAGAGAGUCACCAGCUCAUCUUUCUUCAGUGAGUUAUUUUAUAAAUUCAGACAGAGCAAUACUUUUCAAUAUACACCUCCUCCUCUCUACCGAUGCCUUCGGUUAAUACGUUUUUGUUUCACCUUGGGGAUAGCUGAAAAAUUCCUCCACAUAAGGUAAUCAGCUUAUAUAACCAGUCCUCGGACUACCGAUCAUGUUCACAUAUACUCUUAACAACAUUAUCCAUAUAGAGGAGGGGUAGCUGGAGGAUUAUAAGGGGUAUAGAGGUAUAGGGAGGGGGGGGGGGAAGUCACUUUAUAGUUCCAAAACUGUGAUAGCUCCGACACACCUCUGCCCCCCCUCCACCACUUUUAGUACAGUAGCUCAUCCAGAUUUCUUGAUCUCACAUGCUUAUCCUAUCAUCUGUAACCAGGGUGAGGAAGUAUACCCCACCAGACUCUCAUAGACUGCCAUUGCCAGCCUGCAUUUCAGAAAAGCUUUCCUACAACGGACUUCAGUUAAAAGGAAUAGAUUCAAGCUCACCACGCUGAUCCUGGCCUCUGUUACCCGAGCUGAUUGCAGGGCACCCGGAGCGGCCGGCGUGUUCCGUCGCACGCCGAGCCCGCUCACGUGGUCCCCCCAGCUGCUUUGCACCACUCGUGCUUGCGCUCCGUCUCCUUCCUCUUCUUCCUGCCGGAUCUCUUUUCUGCUGACUGUGCGCCUCUCAGCUCGUUCACCUCCACCACUACUGUCCACUGCAGCGAGGCCGCCACACCCCCUCCCACACCGGACACCUCCAUCUCCAUACCACAGCGGGGAGCAGAUCCGUCCGUCAGGUGGUUUCCUUUUUUCUUUUUUCUCUCUUUCCUCUUUUUCUUUCUUUUUUCGCCCUAAUCAGGGACGUUCGUCCCAGGGUCAGCAUCAUGCCUCCUGGGGGGUGGGUGGAGAGGAGGGAGAGAGCCCUGGAGUGGGCGGAGCUGACGAGAUCACAUCCUCUCGUCACGUGACCCUUGUCCCAGAAUAAACAAGGACUUGAUUUGUUAAUUACGGAAUGCAUUCGUUCUUAGUUGACGAAAUCGAAACUAAGGAAUAAUUUUCUCCAUUUAUUUGAUUGGUCACUUUACAGAGUUUGUUAUCACAUGACAUUAGUCAGCCAAUCGGGGUGUCCUUCUACAUCCUGUGUUUUUCACGGACAUUGAGGAACUUUUCUUUAUUCCUGUGAAAGUUUUAUUGGUGUUAACAGUGACUCACAGUGCUUGUAGAGAUGGACAGAUCCCCUGAGGAAGACUUCCCCAGUGACACAGAGACAGCUAGAGGACAAGGUGUUACCAAGAAGCCAAAGGUAACAGCUGCCAUUUUUUAUAAGAGGACAUCAGCAAGGCCUGCUGCCAAGUCUUCCAGUGGCCAAACUUCUAGGCAACCAAUCAGAGACAUCUGCCAUGUGGAGACGGAGACUCUAGCAGAAAAUGAGACAGCCAUUACUGAUGCUGAGGUGGCCCUAAAUGUCCAUCAAGAAGGCUCUGACACAGAAAUAGACAACAUCAUGCAUGUCAGUCCUGCCCUUGCAGAUGUGAACAUUGGCAUUGUAGAAGAGGAGGUACCAUGGUCCAGUAUUGCACCAGAUAAACCUUUUUCGCCACUACUAUUCGUACAUGACAUUGAUGAUGACUAUCAAGAAUCUCAAUCACCACCAUCCUCCUCUGGCUCCAUAGUUGUGGAUACACCCUCCCAUGCAAAGACUGCCACUGUCACCAGUACAAGGACUUUAGCUACUGCUUCCAAGAGCACUCCCCUUCCAGAAAAACCUUCCCCAUCAGCACAACCCAGUGUCAGUGGUAACCGCAAAUCUAAGGUAUGGGAGCAUUUCAUAACAGUUGGGGAUGGUCGCUUGGCCAAAUGUAAGCUAUGUGGCAAGGAAGUAAGUUGUGGCAAAGUCUUGGGGCAUCUCACCAAUGCAGGAAUGGAUAACCAUCUGAGGACACACCACAAGGCAGUGUUGAUGAGAGAAGAAAGUGGUUUGGCAGCUCCACCAAGUAAAAGAAAGGGAAGUAGUAGUGCUAGUUCCAGUGCUACUAUGAGUUCAGCCUCAGAUAACCUGGAAAAGGGGCAAGGGGCUGAAGCUGUUGUUCAUCCCAGUAAAGGAAACCAGUCCACCAUAGAACAGUUUACCGGUUUUCAUCCCAGGGGGAUUUCCCGCCAACAGUCCCGCAAGAUUACCCGCCUUAUAGGUGAGCUCAUAGCCAUUGGGGGGGCUCCAUUUAACAUGGUGGAAGGGGAACCUUUUAAACGCCUUCUAAAGGCACUUGCACCCCAAUAUAUUGUACCAUCACGUACCACAUUCAGCAGAAGUAUAGUACCUGCUUUGUAUAAAUCGUGUGUGGAAAAGAGGAGCUGGGAAAAGCUGCUGGACAGUCUGUACAUCUAACCACUGACCUGUGGAGUGCUCCCAGUGGCCAGCAUGCUUUCCUAUCAUUGACCACACACUGGUGGCAGCCCAUUGUCACUGAACUUGCCCAAACCAAAUCAGGUCCAAGAAGCACAGGGGCUGGUGUUGAGAAUACAAAUCAGGGCCACCGCUCAUUCCUCCUCCAUGCAGAGGUAUUGGAUGAGCUGCACAGCUCACAAAACAUAACCAGAGCACUUAAAAAAAUGGUGGAAGAAUGGCUUGGGGAACACGGAGAUACACAUCCGAAGAUGGGUUUCGUGGUGACUAACGGUGCAGCCAAAAUGAUAAAGGCAUUGCGUAAUGGCAACUUUGUAUGUGUGCGAUGCUCUGCACAUGUCCUCCAUCUUGUGGUGAAGGCCGGUUUGGAAGACACCUCAGAGAGCAACACAAAGCUCACAGGAGUUCUGGAUUCAUGUAGAAAAAUUGCAGGGCAUUUUCACCGGAGUGUUAAAGACAGCCACUUACUCAGACGGGAGCAGAGUAAGGCAGGUGUUCCUCAACACAGACUGAAACAGGAUGUUAGCACCCGGUGGAAUUCCACACUAGAAAUGCUGGAAAGAAUCCUAGAGCAGCAGAAACCCAUACAUGCAAUGUCCCAUGAAAAUUAUAUUGGCAUCACCAGAGCAUUUGGCAGGGAGGAGUGGACCUUAGUUGCUCAGGUGGUUGCUGUACUUAGCCCCUUUCGUGCGGUCACGGAAAAGUUAAGCCAGGAGAAGGCAAGUUUGGCGCAAGUCAUCCCUCUCUUUACUCAUCUGUUAACCAAAAUGGAUGCCUUCCUGAAUAACAGAGAGAAGUUGACUGGAGGCUAUAUAGUUGGUGAUGUUGCCACACUGGUAAGGAGACUCCAGGUCCUACUACAGCGUAGGAUUAAAGAGCUGACAGACACUUGCCCUGAUCUAAUGCUAGCCACCAUGUGUGACCCCCGGAUUAAGGGCAAAAUGGCUCUCCAAGCAAAUGCCCUAACAAGCUGGAGGGACAAAUUAAUCAUCAAGGUGUGUGACAGACAGAGACUAUUAGAUGUGGGACAAGAGAGGCAUGAUGAGGAGGAAGAAGCAGAGGAAGAUGAGCCUGCAGAAAUCUCAGCAACCAUCAGCAACACUGCUACAACCUCCUCAAGAGCUGCAGACUUUUGGGCAGAGACAUUGCAAAGCCUGGUUGGACAAAUCAGACAACCCUCUCGGAUACCCUCUCUAAGAGACAAGGUGGCAGACAUGGUCAAAAUUUAUGUGUCUGAACCAAAUAUAUUUCCCACUGCCGAUGCCAUGAAAUAUUGGGACGAAAAGAGGGCUAUUUGGCCUGCUCUAAGCAUGGUGGCCCAGGAGCUCCUAUCCUGCCCCCCAACCUCUGUGCAAAGUGAGCAGGUAUUUUCUGUCACCGGGAACAUUCUAUGCCCACAGCGUUCUCAACUGUCCCCUCAGCUCAUGGAGCAGAUGACUUUUUUUAAAGUCAAUUUGCCAAAGUUAGGGUACCCAGCCCUAAACUUUGAAACAAGUUAAAAAGUUGAAGUUACCUCUUCAGUUAAAGUUGAACACUGCAGUUACCCUUGAGUUCAAGUUUCGUUAACAAGUUGGAAUGUUUUCCCGUUACUACCAGUUGUUUAAAAGUGAAGCAAGUGACAAGCUUAACAGCCCCUUCAAACAGGUGAGUGGUCUGUCAAUCAUCCCCUUCCCUCCUAAUAUCCCAUUAUUAAUUUUAGUUUAAUUUAUACCUUUCCAUCUUUCAGGAUUUAGGAAUCCUAUUGCUGGACCUUGAAGUGGGUGAAAAAAAGGAGUUUCUUUCAGCAAAUCACUGGGCUUGGAACUCUUGUUUUUGUGAUCGGUGGAGUUCAACCAUGGUGCGAUUCAUCCGGCGCAAUUCGCGCGACAUGUUCCUGUUCUCCUUGGCCAGCCUUUGGAUUUCUUUAGCAAGCUGCAGCACUCUCGGAUUCAGGCGACAUAUGAGGACCACCAAGGCCUGUCUCACUCCGACCCUCUGGCAGGAGAUGGUUCCGGAACUCCUGCUCCCACUUCCUGAAUUCCUUGUUUUUUUUUUAUUUUACGCAGGACGGUUG